UCCCUCUCACUCAUUCCAGUCCAUUCCCCUCCACCCCUCCUUCCCUCCCCUUACUUCAUCGCUAAACGACUAAAUGACUCCCCAGACCCUCCCUCCCAUUCAACUCCCGGUUGGGCCCGCACCCACCCACCCCACCAUCUCCCGGCAGUUCGGAGGUCUCCGAUCAUCGCCCUCUUCCGACCCCAAACAUACAAAACCCUACCUACCUACCUAUCGGCGUGUCGCAUGUCGCGUGCCCAAUGUGGCACAUCAGGCGGUGCGAGGGUGGUCGAUGGGAUGGUCGACCGACCAGCCGGCCGGCAGGUCGUUUGUUAGGUUGAAUGAAUGAAGGAGUGAGGACGGCAGCUGGAUGGAUCGAAUCGAAUCGAAUCGCGUCCAACAGAUACACUGAGCUGCUCAAGUUACCGUUGCAGUGUGUGCGUGUGUCGACUGGACGGUCGGACUAUGUUACAUGCGUGACGUCUCGGAGGUGGGGAGGGGGAGGGGGAGGGGAGGGGAAGGGAUCGAACUAUUAUUAUUUGGUGUCACUACACACACACCUUGUGGACAGGGUAAGUGAGCUUGUUCGGCUCGAGGCCUGGUGGCGUACGGGGGCUUGGAAAGAAGCAGCAGCAGCACGGCAGAACAGCCGAGUAAGCACACUAAAAAAAAAACAGACGACAAAAACAACAAAGGCGAAAGAAAGAAGAAAAAAAUUACAACAAUCUCAGGAUGAAGUAUUAAAACAAGUUUUCCCUCGAGGACCGGAUCAAUCUCUCCCCCCGCCCUCUCCAGGGCAAUCGAGUUCCCAAUCAUGCGGUGCGUAAAUCUACAUCUAAACUAACGCCAGUCAUGCUAUCACCCCAUGA